AUGUCUGAAACACCAGAGAAAUUCUAUAUCUCAUACAACAACAUUCACAAGCUAUGUCAGCAAACCGCUAAGGAAAUUCUAGAUAAGAAUGAGAAACCUGACGUUAUUAUCGGCAUUUCUGGUGGUGGUUUAAUCCCAGCCAGAAUUAUUAGAACUUUCUUAAAGAAGAAGGGUGAAAAGAAUAUCCCAAUCCAAGCUAUUGGUUUAUCUCUUUAUGAAGAUUUAGGUUUAGAUGAUAGCGUUGAAACUAUUGGAAAGGAAGUUAUCAGAACACAAUGGUUAGAUUUCGGUGCCUUAGAUAAACACUUUGAUUCUCUUAUCGGUAAAAAGGUUUUAAUUGUUGACGAAGUUGAUGACACCAGAACCACUUUACAUUAUGCUGUCUCUGAAUUAGAAAAGGAAGUUCAUGAACAACAAAAGAGGCUAAACAGACUAAAUGAAAAGACAACUUUUACCGUGUUUGUUCUGCAUAACAAGGACAAACCAAAAAGAGCUGACUUACCAAAGGAAAUGCUUGAAUCUGGCCAUUACAUGGCUGCCGUAACUGUUCCUGAUGUUUGGUUAUGUUAUCCAUGGGAAGCUGAUGAUAUCGAAGAACAAACUAGAUUGGCAAAAUUGCAAGGUAACGAUUAA